CUUAAUUUGCUUCUUAAUUUCCUUUUUUCCUUCUGUUGUGCUUUUGGAGAUUGGGUUCUUAAAAAGGCGAAACCCAGUUCUUCAUCUUUGUAGAUUCUCUAUCCCGUUAAGUUUCCUUUUUUUUCCCCUCUGCAUUUUUUAAAGAGACGGAUAUGGUGUAUUAUCAGUUAUCAAAGUCUUCUUAUGAGGACUCUUUGAGAAUACUAAAGGCUGAUAUACAGCAUGCAAAUGCUUUGGCUGCUGCAAUUCCAAGGGCCAAGAGCGGUGCUCGUGUUCAAAUGAAAUUGGCCUACAAUCAUUUGGCUCCCCUCUUUCUAUUUCUGUUGCAAUGGAUGGACUCUUCUUGCACAUGUCUACUUCCUAGAUAUCUAGACCUCUUUCACGUACUCGUAUACAAGGUCUAUACAGAUGGGAGAUCGAAGAUCUCUAGACAUGGAAGGAAGGCAACAAUUAGAGAGUUUUACAGUAUUAUAUUACCAUAUCUUCAAAGGCUCCAUGGUAGCUUAGGGGAGUUUGAUGAUGAUACGGAAACCCUUAUUAUGAUGGGGAGUUCUGCCAAGAAAAGAGUAGAAUUAGAUAAUAGACUUGGUAAUAUUGAUUACGAGAGGGAAGAUGAAUGCGGAAUUUGCUUGGAGCCUUGCACGAAAAUGGUCUUGCCUAAUUGUUGUCAUGCAAUGUGCAUCAAUUGCUACCGCAAUUGGAACACGAAAUCAGAGUCCUGUCCUUUCUGCCGUGGUAGUUUGAAAAGAGUCAACUCUGAAGAUUUAUGGGUGCUUACUUGCAACGAUGAUGUGGUUGACAAUAAAACUGUUACACAGGAGGACUUGUUGCGUUUUUACCUCUACAUCAACAACCUACCAAAAGAUUGCCCAGAUGCACUUUUCUUGGUAUACUACGAGUAUUUAAUUUGAAGUCGAUGAAAAAAUGGUGUACAGAUAGAAAAAAAAACCGCGGACCAUCAAAUGUAAAAGGAGUCUGCUAAGUACAAUUCUCUGUGCUGCUUACGUAAAAGACAGUCCCGUUUUCUAUGCUUUUCGGAAAUUAAUGAACAACAGUGUAAGAAACCCUCAUUUAAUUAUGAAUGGAAGUUGUAAUUUAUGAAACUCGAGUCUGUGGUUCCCUUGUCCGUCUAGUUGAAAGUGAUAGACGAAGCGCAUGAAACGGACUAGUUAAUUAG